GGCGCCCGUUUGAAUGCGCGGUCGGUUGGUUCGCGCGCAGCGAGAGAGCGAGAGAGAGGGAGAGAGUUUAAACAAUGGAGAAGCCGAAAAAACAACUCCAAAUCCGUCAGGCCUUUGAAAUGGCUCAGAAAGGGCAUCAAAAUCUCGCAAAGCUGGCAGCAGGUCUUAAAAAAACUUACGAUCAGUUGCAGGAAGAAGAUAAAAGUGGAUUUCAAGAGGAGUUUGCCAAUCUUUUGAAAUAUCCCAUGAUUGUUUAUAGACGUGAGCCAGCAGUAGAAAGGGUGAUUGAGUUUGUUGCAAAGUUUACUACUUCACUCGAGCAAGUGGACGAAGAAAAUGAUGAUCAAGAAGAAGGCCCUUUUAUGUCAUUCAUUUUUAACUUUCUACUUGAGUCUCACGAGGCAUGUAGCCAUUCUGUUCGAUUCCGUGCCUGUCAGCUCAUCAACAAGCUUCUUGUUAGUAUGGCAGAAAAUGCGCAGAUUGAUGAUGAACUGUACGACCGUAUUUACGAAGCCAUGCUGAUACGACUGAAAGACAAAUUUCCAAAUGUGCGAAUACAAGCUGUGCUUGCUAUGGCCAGGCUUCAGGACCCCAGCGAUAACGAUUGUCCUGUCAUUAAUGCGUAUAUGCAUUUAAUUGAAUGCGACACAAAUCCAGAGGUGAGACGAGCAGUGUUGUCCUGCAUUGGUCCAUCAGCCAAAACCCUUCCUAAGAUUAUUGGGCGCACUAUGGAUGUUAAAGAAAAUGUCAGGAAACUGGCUUACCAGAUCUUGGCAGAGAAGAUACACAUAAAGGCCUUUUCCAUUGCACAAAGAGUAAAACUGCUGGAGCAGGGCUUGAAUGACCGAUCAGAUGCUGUUAAAGAAAUCGUACAGAAAAAACUGUUGCAGGCCUGGCUUCAUUCAAUGGAGGGCAAUGUUUUAGACUUACUUCAUCGCCUGGAUGUUGAAAACUGUGUUGACGUUGCUGUGUCUGUACUUAAUGCCACGUUUGCCCUAUCCUCCAUCAAGGAUCUGGCAGAAAACUGUCACAAACUAGAUAAUAGAAAGGUUAUUUCAGCGGAGAAUCUAACAUGUGAGAAUGCUUUGUACUGGAGAUGCCUCUGUCAGUUUAUGAAGUCAAAGGGAGAUGAAGGAGAAGAAGCUUUGGAAAAACUUUUGCCUGAAGCAGCCAUUUAUGCUGCAUAUCUCCUGAGGUACCUGAAAAACCUUCCUGUUCUAAUGGAAUCCCAGAGGGUUAAUUUUGAACGGAUUGAAGAAUUAAUGAAGAACGAAUUUAUCAGCCAACAGCUCAUCAUCCUUGUUGGUUGCCUGGAUACAUCAGAAGAGGGUGGCAGAAAGUGGCUUCUAUCUAUGUUGCAAGAAAUUCUGGUGCUGCCAAACACACCAAACUCUCUUGUUGCAUUACUGAUAGAACAAUUGCUGCUAAUUCAAAAGGAUGAAGACAGAAGGAUUCGGCUGGUUGCAGAAAUAAUAUCGGAUGUUCGAGAGCCAAUUGUUAGUGUUGAUGUACCAAUUAAUGCUGAUGAGCAAAGAAAGCGACAAGUUAAGCUUGCUGAUGUCAAAGUUCAAUUGAUUGAAGCAAAGCAAGCAUUGGAGGAGAGCAUAGCUUGCCAAGACUUCACUCGUGCUUCAGAGCUGAAGAAAAACAUUGAAGAAUUAGAAAAUCGCAAGAUGGAAUUAGUGAAAGAAGCUGAACAGCCAGAAAUCAAAGAAGUUCGCAUUGAAAAGGAUGAUCCAGAAACGAUGCUAAAAUGCCUGACGAUAUGUUGCGGGCUUCUUAAACAGAUGGCUAUUACAAAGGGAAUAAACUCAACUAUGAAUGGUAUCGCUGAGUCUUUGAUACUUCCAGGCAUUGCAAAUAUUAAUCCUGCUGUACGAAACAUGGCAGUACUCUGUUUAGGUUCAUCUGCACUGCAAAACAAAGAAUUUGCUGUUCAACACCUGCCACUGCUAUUACAGAUUGCACAACUUGAUGAGGCCAAGGUGAAGAUCAGUGCAUUGGAGGCAGUAUUCGAUAUUCUGCAGGUAUUUGGGAUUGAGGCUUUCAAACCCAGAAAUGAUAAACUGCAAGAAACACCAAGUGAAGAACUAGAGAAUGAAAAUGAAAAAUCAAAAGCAGAGGAAGGAGUUGAAGAAGAAUCAAAAGAACCUGAAGUGGAAACUGAUACAGUCAACAGUAUUCUCACACUGCUCACAGGAUAUUUGGACAGUGAGACAACUGAUCUCAGGACUGUAGCUGCUGAAGGCUUAGCAAAAAUGCUUUUUGCGGGAAGGCUUGUUAGUCCCAAACUGCUUUCUCGCCUUAUUUUGUUAUGGUACAACCCUGUGACUGAAGAGGACACUCGCCUUCGACAUUGCCUGGGAGUUUUCUUCCCUUUAUAUGCAUAUGCUAAAAGGACAAACCAAGAAUGCUUUCUGGAAGCUUUUCUACCCACUCUGAGGACCCUGUUCUAUGCACCAGCUUCUUCCCCUUUAGCUGAUGUUAAUGCAGUUAAUGUGGCAGAACUUUUGGUGGAUUUGAUGAGAUCCAAUCCAGUUAAUUCACAAGACAAACAAAUACAGGAUUACCAGGAGUUCACACUACAUGAUAGUCUGGCUGUGAAGAUUUGCAUGGAAGUGUUGAAGGAUCCAAACUCGCCAGAUAUUCGAACUUUGGUUAAGACUCUGAGUUGUCUUGAACUCAGUGUAGGAACAUCACCGUGCACACAACACCUGCGAAUUCUCCUGGAUCAGAUAAUUGAGGAAAUAAAGGACAAAGUAAGUCAAAGAGUUAUUGAGAAAGUCAAGAAUUGCUUAAAUGGAGGAUCUCGAGAAAUGGAGAAGAGAAAAUGUGACACUGCAGUAAAGCAAGCAAAUCACAAUGCUGAAGAAAAUUCUCCGAUUACUCUGAAUUCAGAUGUUUCAGAGGUACAAAGUAAUGAAACUGGAAAAGGCAAAGCAGCAAAAGAACUGAGCAAGUCCACCAAAAAAGGACGAGGUAAACCUUCAACAACCAAGACUGUAACCAAAAGCCGAAGAACAAGGAGAGCAGCUGGUUCCUUAGAUGAUAGUGAUGCCCGAGACUUUGUAACUCCAACUUCUGAAGUUGUAAAAAGACCUUCAAGACGAGCAAAAACAGUUGCACUGGAGAAAACCAAAAUGAACCUGUCUGAACUGCUGAACAAAGAGGCUAAUUGAUCUCAGAAUUUAAUUCACUAAACUCAAUCUAUUAUGUAGUCUUGAUAAUCAAACAUUUUGGCAAAUUCUCUCAAUUUGCAUGCUUUUCUAUAGGCCACUUACUUAUCUUGUCAAUUUCUGUUUUAGAUACUGUUAGUUAUUUGAGGAAGAAAAAUUAAGUCCAUGUUUUUAUUUCACCUUUUCCUGCUGUAAAGUAGAUGCUCUCAUACUUUUAGUUAAUAUUAAGUGAUGACUUCAGUUGGAUAUAGUAUAUUGCUGUGUCAUACAUCUCUGCUACGGCCUUUUUGACAUAAGUGAAGAAUGUUCAUCUUGUGUUGAUAACGAGGUUUUAGGUGGGUGAUGCUGGUAACGCCUGUUUGGUUUUUAAAAUUUCCUUAACAUUAGCCCCCCACUCAACAUUUUAAUGGGUACCUGUAUGAGCUGUAAGGGUCCAUUAAAUGAAUUAAAUGGCUUGAUAAUUAGUAUCAUUCCUGAUAUUUAUCAUUUGAAAAUUGCAAUGCUAGGUUUAUAAAGUAGCCCCUGACUUUCAGGAAUGCUUACUUUUUUUUACUUAAAGCAGCUGUCACCUUAUUAUUUAUGGGGCAGUACCCAUUACUCUAGCUGAGUAAUUUUACAUGUUCACUUAUUGUUUAAAGCUUGCACCAAAAGGUGCCUGGACUUACCUUCUAUCAAAGGGUUUCUUCUAUUGGCCAGCAAUUUUAUUUCAGGUAAAGAUGUAAUUAUUAAAUUAUAAUUGUUUGUUCAGUCGAGUAUCUGACACACACGGAACUCAAAAGUAUCCAAGCACUGAGAUUCACAUUUGGACACCACAUUGUAUGGAAUGUGUGAUUCUCUCUCUCCCAGGAGGAUCUUGCCCUACUUACCUAAUUUCUAGGAAGUAUUGGUUGCAAAUUGAUGAGACUCCAGGCAUGGGUUCCCCAGAAAGUGUGCUGGGAUACUGCUGGAUUUUAACCAGCUAAAUUAUAAGCUUCCUGCUGCCUUCCAGCUAGGACCACCCUAUACAUUAGGCAUUUGCUUACUUUCAUUACAAGGUUUGUAUGUUAGUUAUUAAUCAGUGUGUGCAACUUUUUAUACUUUGGAUUUCAAUAAAUAUUGCAAAUUUGCUCUUGGUGCAUGAACAUUUUUGAGGAUUAAAGCAAUUGGAG